UCGACGCCUGACGACGCCCUAACUUAUUUAAGAGAGUCGCCUCGAUACUCUCCCAGUCGCGGGUGUUACUUGGAGAGCAUAACAUCGACGACAAAAUGGCGGACAAAGAAAAGAAGGUCAAGAAGAAGAAGAAGGAAGAAACCGCAGAGGCCGCGCCCGCCCCAGCUGCCGCUCCCGCCGCCGAGACAAGAACCUCGUCGAAGAGCUCUUCCAAGAAGGCCAAGCGUACCGGCUCCAAUGUCUUCUCCAUGUUCUCCCAGAACCAGGUCGCUGAGUUCAAGGAAGCCUUCCAACUCAUGGACCACGACAAGGACGGCAUCAUCAGCAAGAGCGACUUGCGCGCCACCUUCGACGCCGUCGGCAAGUUGAGUAACGAGAAGGAGCUCGACGAGAUGAUCAACGAGGCCCCCGGACCAAUCAACUUCACCCAGUUGUUGGGUCUCUUCGGCACCCGUAUGGCAGACUCAGGCGGUACCGACGACGACGAUGUCGUCAUCGCUGCCUUCAGAUCCUUCGAUGAAAAUGGCGUCAUUGACAGCGAAAGAUUCAGGCACGCUCUGAUGACCUGGGGCGAAAAGUUCUCCGCCAAGGAGGUCGACGAUGCCUUCGACGCCAUGGAAAUCGACGACAACGGCAGGAUCGACACCCAGGCUCUCAUCACCCUCCUGACCGCUGCCCAAGACGAUGAAAACGAGGGCGAGGCCGCCUAAAUGUCCAGACUCAUCACCAAUUGAUCAUCAUCUCAUCACCAAAACUCAUCGCGUAACUGCAGUUACUUCUCAUCAUAAAACAAUUCCAUCUUGUCCGUGGUUUGUGACCGUAUUCCAACACGUAGAACUACGCACGCAAGGGUGCAAUCUUUUCAUAAUCUGGGAAUAAUGUGUAUAUGUACAUGCGAUUCCAUCUCGUCGCUUUACCAUCACGCGACUAUUUAAAUAAAUCAUUAAUUUUCUAUUACAA